CUACUUCAGUUUGACAGAACACACUUGUCUGUUUGGCUGCUUGCCGAGCGGCUGUGUGAGCUGUGACAGCGCUGCUAAAUAAACUCGUUAAAACAUAAACACUGUGCGAACUUUGUGAACCUUAAACCACGAUCUAAGUAGCCUUAGGACUAGCUAUUUUAAACUAUUGUGGUGUGAAGUGUUUCUUAGUGGUUAAAAUGGAUUUAUCUUGUGGAGAAAACUUACAAAAUUCUGGAAAUAACAGCAACACCAGUGGAAGGACAAUGGACAUGUGUGUCGCUGGACCUGAUCGUGCCCUGGAUCGAGACCCUAGGCUUUUGUUGAAUCUUCUGACGCUAGAAAGAGUUCAUGCAUUACACACAGAUUAUUUUCAACAUGUACAAAUUGAUAUACAGCCUUUUAUGCGGAAAGUUGUUACUACUUGGAUGCUUGAGGUUUGUGAAGAACAGCAAUGCGAGGAGCAGGUGUUUCCGUUGGCCGUGAGUUACAUGGACAGAUUAUUGGCUCAGCGUGCUAUAUCGCGGCAGCAGUUGCAACUGUUGGCUGUUACUGCCCUCCUCCUUGCCUCCAAGUUUCGCCAGUGUCAUCCUCUCUCAGUCGACCUACUCUGCGCAUACACUGACAAUUCCGUUUUCCCGCAUGAAGUCCGGCAAUGGGAAGUUAUGCUUCUACAACGACUAAAUUGGCAACUCUCAAUUGCCACAGCCUUCGACUUCGUAGAGCCUCUUUUGGCGCGAGUUCCGUGGGGCCGCUCCAAUCCUCUCGUACGAACGCACGCCCUCACACUCAUCUCCGUCUGUUAUACAGAAACGGAGUUCCUGUUGGUACCGCCAUCGUUGAUCGCUGUGGCGUGUAUAACGGCAGCGGCGCGGGGCUUGCGUGUGCGCAUGACCAUAAACGAUCUAUGCACUCUGACACGGACGCCUGCUGCUGCCGCCGAAUUGGUCGCCAGACACGUUGAACGAGUGCUCGCUAGAGAAACACAACCACAAGAGCCCAGAACGAGACACAUUCAACCUUUGAAGCAAACAGCGUCCGAUCAAACUCAGCUACCAGACACCCCAACAGACGUCCAAGACAUUCGUUUUUGAGUAACAAAUGUUACUUAUAUAAAUUUGUUAUCCUCGUCUAUGUUUACAUAGACAUAUCCUACACAAAUAUGAAGUCAAUUGAUCUCAUCUCUAUUGAUGAAAUUGUUAUGAAUCGCGUUGAAUGGAUUUGAUUGUUACGAUAUUUUUUUCGUCGCGCACCUGGGUGUACAAGUUUCUGGUUUAUAAAAAAUCGUUAUUUAUAUUGGAUUUCUUCAAUGCGAACUUGGAAGAUAGAUUAGAAGAAUUGCCCUUGAUCUCAAAUUACUAUUUAUGUAAAAUACUUCGUUGUAAUAGAUUUGCGUUAUUUAUAAGGUAAACAGCUAACAGUUUGACAGUCUGCAAGCUCUCGGUAGUCUUGCUCUAUGUUGAUCUCCGUCGAUUCCAAAAAUUAUAUUUUAAGACUGUUUGUUACUAUUGUUCUAAGAUUUGCCUGAUUAUGAAUAAAUUACAUUCGAUGAAGUUUGUAUCAGUUCAGCGCAAACUAUCGACAAAAAUAGAAGAAAAAAAAACGAAAAAUUACUAUUUAUUUUCAGUUUUAUCUGUCAAUUCCUAAAUAAAUUUGGUAGAAGCAAAAUAUGUUUUUACGAAGUCUAAUUCGGAUAAAUUUUGAAUUAUAAUUUAAUGAUAUUAAUAAUAAUUCUAUUGUCGAUUGUUUGCGUUUGACAAAUUAACAGGAAAAAUUUUUGAUUUGGGCACAUUGUAUAGUUAGUUAUUAAUGUUUUAUUUCAUGAACUUUCCAGAUUUGAAUAGAAGUUAUUUCGACAAUAUUUGUAUCUUGAUUGAUAAAAUGUAAGGAUCUCAAUUAUUUAACAAAUUCUAAAUGAAAUGCGUGUAUAGCAAGCAUAGGUUUUAGUUUUAAUUUUAGCUGGUUUCGAGUGAAAAUGUUAAAGUAUGUAAUUUUUUAUUUAGGUCGAUGUUAAGUUUAGUAAAUUCUAGUCACAUGUUUUACACAUUCCUGUUUUCGACCAAACUUUAUAUUUAGAUUUAGAUAUAAUAAAUAAGCGUUUAAUUAGAGUAAUGUUGAAGACUUAUUUGACUUACAUUCUCUCUUAGAAAUAAACUUAUGAUUAUUAUUUUUUAAUUACUUUAUAAAAUACUCACAUUCAUAGAUCAAGAGAGAUAGUGUAGGACAAGUGGCCUUCCAGCGUAAUUUAUAUUAUAUCGUAUUUAAUAAUUAUUUAGGUCACGUUUAUACUAAGGGAGAUUUAUUUUGUAAACCGAAGUAUCGAGGCGCGUCCAGCGUUACGCGGAGCUGAUUAAGGUAAUUAGAAAAAUUAAUGGUCCUGCUUUUAAGUUUUUCUAUUUAUAAUUAAAUUGAAACUUCAUUCGUUUUUGAGCCCUUUUAAACAUUAUUUCUUAUUAAUUUAUUGUGAGACUAAUAAAGAAGAAUUUAUUCGAUGAAUAUAAAAAUAAUGUUUACGUAUACAAUGUAAUAAAUUGUCUGAAAUACAAUGAAAAGUGUUUUACAAUAUCGUGAAACAUUCCCACAUGGACACAUAUUGUUGUUUUUGCUAAAUCUGCGUUAGUUGCUAACUAAGAUAGUCUAUUGUAGGUCAAUGUGUACAGUUUUGGUUUUAAAAUUUAUGAAAUAAAAAAUUA